GAAGAACGCAACGCGCAACGGAGUCUCAGGAACAAUACAAACAAGCUGACGUCAGAUUCGUCAAAAUUCACAAUCCUCUAUUCGGCCAACUUUUCCCAUCCAUUCUUUUUUUGACAGGUAGCAGCCGAAAAUGGGUUCUCUUGGCGGCCCGACAAACCCUCCACUGGGGCUUAUCGUCUCUUCGAUGAAUAUUUGCCGCAUCCCCGGCGAUGUCGGCAAUACCCAUACAUUCGGAUUCCCGGUUGUCCAGGCCAUGGCGAAGGACUCUCUCCUCGUCCGCAUGGUGUCGGAUCACGACUACGAGGACGGCUUCCUCGACAAUUUCAUCGAGGCGGGCAUGGAGCUCGUCGCGCAGGGGGCCGUGGGGAUUAUCACGAGCUGUGGUUUUCUCGCCAGGGCUCAGAAGGAGUUCUCGAGGCGUUUGCCCGUCCCAGUGGCGUCGUCCUCUCUCAUGCAAAUCCCCAGCAUCAGGAGCAUCCUUCGGCCGGACCAAGCGAUCGGCGUCAUCUCCUUCGACGGACAGCGACUGAACGAGGGCCACUUAAACGCGGUCGGGGUCACGGACUGCUCCAAUAUCUACAUCGCUGGCCCGCCCCCGGAAGGCGGCAUGAAGCGCUGCCUCAGAGAUGGCGAGCCGUACGACUAUCCGGUCCUGGAGGCGGAACUCGUGGCCGCGGCUAGGAAGCUGGUGGAUGAACACCCUGAUAUCGGUGCCAUUGUGCUGGAGUGCACACAGUUCCCGCCGUUUGCGCUGGCUAUUCAGCGGGCUUUGGGUUUGCCUGUCUACGAUGUCUUUACAUUGGCAAGUUGGUUUUACUCUGGCUUGGCUAGAGUACCUUUCCCGAGCUGGACGGAGGAGGAGCAGCUUGACGCAAAAGCCAAGCGACCGAGAGCACGGGAAGAGCUUCUUGAGAGCAGCCGAGUGGAGGCUAUAUUUGACAUCAGCAUGUAG